AUGACCCCGAGUGACUCCGCGAGGAGCUCACACUCGAGUGCGAGUGUGGAGUUCGUGGGUGUGUCCGCCCCGGAUGCACCCACACAGGCGUCAGUGGGAGGCGCCGUCAAGGUUAUGUGCCCGGCUGAAGGUGGACCAGAUGCCAGGUCAUGUCCGAAUUCGACCCGGAAAAAAGUUAACCAGUCAAGAAAAACGAAGCGCCGUCGCGAGUAG